AUGGCCGCUGAAGCCCCUACAUCAAACGGCACUGCUGGAGAAAGAAAUGCCAUUGGUAUCUCUUUUGGAAACUCCAACAGCUCAAUCGCCUACACAACAGUCGAGGAUAAAGCUGAAGUUAUUGCCAACGAGGAUGGUGAUCGUCAAAUUCCCACCAUUUUGUCUUAUAUCCACGGUGACGAAUACAAUGGUCAACAAGCCAAGCAACAACUCAUUAGAAACAGCGGAAACACCGUUGCGUAUUUCAGAGAUUUCCUAGGACAAGACUUCAAGUCGAUAGACCCUACACACUGCCAUGCUUCAGCACACCCUUUGGACCACGAGGGCACGAUCGCAUUCAAGAUUCAAGACAAGGAAGAGGGUGAACCAUCGACUGUCACCGUCUCCGAGGUAGCAACAAGAGUAAUCCGUCGUCUCGCACAAUCCGCCUCGGACUUCUCUGGAAAGCCAGUCAACUCGGCCGUUAUUACAGUCCCAACAAAUUUCACCGAUAGUCAAAAGGCAGCAUUGACAAAGUCUGCAACCGACGCUGGACUCGAGGUUUUACAGCUCAUCAGUGAGCCUGUAGCUGCUUUAUUAGCUUAUGACGCAAGGUCAGAGAGCAAGGUCGCGGACAAGAAUGUGAUUGUUGCAGAUCUUGGAGGAACCCGUUCAGAUGUCGCAGUUAUCGCAUCAAGAGGAGGCAUGUAUACCGUCUUGGCCACUGCACACGAUUACGAAUUCGCUGGUGUUCACCUGGAUAAAGUUCUCAUGGAUCACUUUUCCAAGGAAUUUUUCAAGUGGAACUCGAUUGAUCCCCGGGAGAAUGCUCGAAGUCUCGCAAAACUCACAUUAGAAGCCGAGGCUACCAAGAAAGCACUUAGCAUCGGAACAAACUCCAACUUCAGCGUUGAGAGCUUGGCAGAGGGUAUCGAUUUCUCUUCUACCAUUAAUAGACUCAGAUAUGAGACAAUCGGACGUAAAGUCUUCGAUGGUUUCAACAGAUUAAUUGCGAGCGUUGUUAAGAAGGCUGGAUUGGAUGCUUUGGAAAUUGAUGAGAUCAUCCUUUCUGGUGGCACAUCGCACACCCCAAAAAUCGCAUCCAACGUCCAAUAUAAUUACCCUAACGCCACUGUCCUUGCCCCAUCCACGAGCGCCACUGCUAUCAAUCCUUCUGAAUUGCAAGCUCGUGGAGCUGCCCUUCAAGCAUCUCUCAUUCAAGAAUUUGAUGCCCAGGAUAUCGAGCAAUCUACCCACGCUGCCGUUACUACCGUUCAGCACCUCACAAAUGCCAUUGGUGUUCUUUCCAUCUCCGGAGACAGUGAUAAGGGUGUCUUUACGCCAAUUGUUGCUGCCGAGACUGCUGUCCCAGCCCGCCGAACUCUCGAAAUUGCCGCUCCUAAAGAAGGUGGUGAUGUUUUGAUUAAGAUUGUCGAGGGAGGAUCGCACAUCAAGGUCACUAAACCAGAGGCAAAGUCUAAACCAAACGGUGCUAAGGUAGAGGACGCAAACUCUGAUGAUUCGGAGGAGGACGACAGCGAGGAAGAAGAAGAGGAACAACGUGAGAGAAUCUGGAAGGUCGGAAAUGUUCUCGCCGAGGCCGCAAUUAAGGGUGUCAAGAAGGGUGGCAAGGUCGAAGUUAUGAUCAACAUCAGCAAGGAUUUGUCAGUUACCGUAACUGCACGUGAAGUUGGAGAGAAGGGAGGCGUUAGAGGAAACCUCGUAGCUCCUUCAAGCUAA